CAACCAAUCAGCUUACAGUUAAGAAAGCCGACUGCCUUAAUAUAACGGGUUUCUAUUAGUGGUUAACAAAUACUGUUACCAUAGAAACAAAAACAAAGAUGGAAGCGUCUACAGAUGAGUCACCGGAGUUGUCUGAAUCUCAAGAAAUAAGUCUUGAGAAGCUAACUUAUGGGUGUGUUGAAGAAAUCCUUGCAAGGGCUCUUAAGCAUGUUCAAGAAACACAAUGUCCCAGUUGUAAUACCUACAUUGACCCAGAUUUAAGCUCAACAGGACAAUGUCAGAAUUGCGAAACAUUAAUUGAUGAGUUGGUUGGAUACACUAUAGAAACUGCCAAGGAAAAUCUAAUGGCUGAAAGUGGUCGAGAUUAUGUUUUCAAUGAAUAUGGUCCACCAAAAAAUAUUAUCUGGUUCAAUAUUGACCAGUAUUCAACUGAUAUGGCAUUGAGAAAGAUUGACCAAUACAUCAGGACAUGGGAAUUUCAUCCAAGUUGGUUAUACUGCAUCGACUAUAUUGCAACAGAAGAAUUUGAAUUUGAUAACUACCACAAGUUUCGUGUUCGCUGGAGUAUUCCAACUCAGUGUAAGCCAAUUCCUCGUGGAACUGUUUGCAUUUAUUUCACCUUCCGUGUUUCAAAGAUUAAGCCAAAAAACUAUCCAGUUGAAGUAUCUUUUGUUAUAGAGACCAACCAACUAAUUCAUAGGCCUGGCAAAACUCGCUUUCGAGAAAAGUGGUUGAAGGAUGUUAUUGAAAGUAAAAUAAAAUACAACUGUUUGAAUUGUUAAACAAUUAAAAUAUUUAUACCAAUGAAUUAAAAGUGCGAAAUGGUUACUGA